AUGGAGGGAAACCUGCUGUCGCCGCACAUCCGCUCCGCCAGCGACAUUGGCGGCUACCCGCAAUGGGUCAUCUCCAGCAGCGGCAGUGGCCGAUCCUCCUCCUCCUCCUCCACCUCUGCUGCCGUUUGCUGGAAGCGCGUUGUCAUUGUCGGCGGCGGCAUCGCCGGAUCCGUCGUCGCCAAGUCCCUCCAGUUCGUCGCCGACGUCGUCCUCAUCGACCAGAAAGAGUACUUCGAGAUAUCAUGGGCCACCAUGCGGUCGAUGGUGGACCCGGCGUUCGCCGACAAGGCCGUCGUCAACCACGUCGACUACCUCGUCAACGCCAAGGUCGUCGUCGCCUCCGCCGUCGACAUCACCGACACCGAAGUUAUCACCUCGGACGGCCGCCAGUUCCCCUACGACUACCUCGUCAUCGCCACCGGCCACUCUGUCUCCUCGCCGCAGAGCCGUAGGGAACGAAUGGACAAGUUCAGAGAGGCCAACGCCAAGAUGAAGAACUCGAGCUCCAUUCUCAUCAUCGGCGGCGGCCCGAGCGGCGUCGAGCUCGCAUCCGACAUUGCGGCCUCCUAUCCGGAGAAGAAGGUGACGCUGGUCCACAGCGGGCCGAGGCUGCUGGGGUUCAUAGGCUCUAAGGCCGGCAGCAAGGCGCUGGAAUGGUUGCGAUCCAAGAAUGUGGACGUGCUCUUGGAGCAGACCAUCGAUUUGGACACGUUCCAGGCGAACAAAGGUGUCUACAUCACGUCGGCCGGAGAGGCGAUCGCCGCCGACGUGCACUACCUCUGCGUGAGAAGGCCCCUGGGCUCGGCGUGGCUCAAGGAGUCGGUGGUGAAAGACUGCUUGGACAAGUACGGGCAGCUCAUGGUGGACGAGCACCUACGAGUCAAGGGCUUCAACAACAUCUUCGCCAUCGGCGACAUCAUCGACGUUCCGGAGCGAAAACAGGGGGUGUUGGCGCAGAGGCACGCGAUGAUCGUGUCGAAGAACUUGAAAGCGCUGAUAAAGGAGGCGAACGGGGGGAAGGAAGCGAAGCUGGGGAAGUACAGGCCAUCCAUGUCGAUCGCGAUGGUGUCGUUGGGGAAGAAGGACUCGGUGGCGCAGCUGCCGUUCACGACCAUGACAGGGCUCCUCCCUGGGUUGAUCAAGAACAGAGAGCUAUUCUUGAGGAAGACGAGGAAGCUGUUGGGGCUAGAUCACGGCUAUACCUUCUUGUGAUGUUGGGCAUGCAGUUGCAAAUCUUGUCUAUGCCAACUUUGUUUGGGUUUGCGUUCAUAAAGAAUUAUGAAUUUCAUACGUAGAGAAAGUUAUUAUUAUUCUGGAGAUGAAUCUCUCAAUUUAUGUACUUCUAAUUUAUUUAGUAGUG